UCACUUGAUAACCCAGAAAUAUUUGACUUAAAUGUCAAAUUAAUUCCAAACUUACUCUUUCAAAAUUUUAACGUAUAAGAAUAUGGUUUACUUUGGAUGAAUCUUUAGUUUGGAUCGCUAUUUUAGCAACUUGUUGGAGGAAGCUGCUAGAUCGCACGUGUGGUACUAUAUUAAAUGGCGACAGCGCCAAAAAGGAAGCCCGACCAAGCCGGAGUCAUUGGUGCUAGUUCGUCACAAGACCUCGUAACUGAUCAAAACUCUGGGCGACGCCAGGAGCAGAAAGUCUAUACUUUUAACAACGACCGGCCGCCACCGAAGCCAGCAGGCACCCCUGGAUCAGUGGCGAAGCCCGAUGAUAAGACCAAGCCUCAAAAAACCAUUCUCGAGGAGCAUGGCAUCAUUCUGGGCAAGGUGAUCGGCACUGGGAACUAUGCCAAGGUUAAGAUCGGAUUCUCCGAAGAGUACGGCAAACGUGUGGCGGUGAAGAUCAUAUCCAAGGUGAAGGCCCCCUCCGAGUACACCCAAAAGUUUUUACCUCGCGAAAUCGAAGCCGUAAAGGGUCUCCAUCAUGAGAAUCUAAUCACCUUUUAUCAAAGCAUCGAGACUAGUCAUAGGGUGUAUCUGAUUAUGCAGUUGGCGGAAAAUGGAACGCUCUUAGACUACGUGCGGGAACGAAAGUACCUGGACGAGCCGCAGUCGCGAACCCUUUUCAAGCAACUGGUGAGUGCCGUGGAAUACAUUCACGGCAAGGGCGUAGUGCAUCGAGACAUCAAGUGCGAGAACCUGCUGCUGGAUGAGAACUGGAAUCUGAAACUCAUUGAUUUUGGGUUUGCUCGCAAAGAUACCCGGACACCAGACAACCAAGUGAUCCUCUCGAAAACUUUCUGCGGCAGCUAUGCCUACGCUAGUCCUGAGAUUCUAAAGGGGGUGGCCUAUGAUCCUUUUAUGUCCGACAUUUGGGCCUGUGGAGUUGUUUGCUACGCCAUGGUCUUUGGCCGACUGCCCUACGACGGCUCCAACGUACACAUCCUACUAAAGAGGAUAAACCAAUCACUGGUGUUCCCAAAAUCCCCAUCGGCAUCUAGUGAAUGCAAGCACAUGAUCAUGCACAUACUGGCUCCCGUCAAGAUCCGAUACAAUGUUCCACAAAUCAAGGAAGAUCCAUGGUAUUCACUAAAGUAGACAUAUAUAUUUAUUUCUCGAUGAUAAACUCUUAUAGCAAAAUUGUAU